AUGAAAGUACUGAAAAGUGUCCCUCUUUUAUUGGGGUGUUGGACUCUCUUAUACCUGGACUUUAUCCCAGCGUCACUGAGCCAUACCGGCAUUGCAGAGUGCGCACCCGAGAGCGGAGGCAAGGAGCACACAGGCGGAGCAGGUGAAGGAGCCAACCCGGGAAUUGGCUCAACUGCCAGGUCGACGGUAGGAAACUACGGCGCAGGGGGUUGGAAGUCUCUAAGUGCUGCGAGGAUCACGCGCAUUAGAACAGGACCCCCGCUGAUAAAGGGCGAGGCAGCCAAAGCGAAAGCUGUGACAUUAGUGUCAUCACCGCACAGCGUAACGGUCAGCCGUGCUCGCGGAGCUGUCAAUUUGGGGCCCAAGGAGGCUGUGCGCUAUUGGGCACCCGGCGGGGAUGCUACUAAAGCAGCAGCUGCGCCUGUUCCCGUGGCGUUGAGCAUGCAAACAGGCAAAGGCUCAGGCAGGCCUGGACAGAGCAAAGGAAACACUGUCCCCAGAGCUGCAACAUCAGCACGAACUGGACAACAAAAGGUCGUUGAUGUGCAAAAGCACAUUGCUCGGUUGGCCCAAAUGAGUGGCAAAGCAACGGGCAAACUUAACGGCAGAUACUCUCCAAAGCUCCUAUUGGUAACUCCGCAUGACUACAUGUUGUCACUGUAUUGGUCACUAUCCACAGGAGGGGUGAACACUAGUGUACUGCACGAGGCUGGCAUGGCCAACACCAUCACAAGCUUUGUGGAUAAAGGACAAGAUGCCCGUAUUCCCCAGCUGAGAAGACAGAAGUAUUACUUCAACAUCAGUUCCCUGGAGAAGGAGGGGUUACUGGGUGCCGAGCUGCAUAUACUCAGGAAAAGACUGGCUGAUCCACACAAAGCACUUUCCACUGACAGAGUUUUCUGCCUGAAGCUGUUCACUUGUGUAGCAGGUAAGCAGAAAGCUACACUGCUCCAAACUCAAACCAUCAAGGACCACAAUUCGCCCAAAUGGGAAGUGUUUGACAUUUGGAAACUAUUCAAGAAUUUCAAGAACACCGUCCAGCUUUGCUUUGAGCUGGAGGGUUUAGAACGGGGAAGCCCCGUGGACCUCAGGGCACUGGGCUUCAGUCGUCCGGGCAGGCAAACCAAAGAGAAGGCCUUUUUCCUCAUGUUCGGGCGCACCAAGAAAAAUGACUUGUUCUACAACGAGAUCAAAGCUCGGUCGGGCCACGACAACAAGACGGUGUACGAAUACCUGUUCACUCAGCGGCGCAUGCGCCGAGCUCCAACCAACCGCGGCAAGAAGCUAGCCAAGAACCCCAAGCCUCGUUGCCACAGGAAGCAGCUGCACGUCAACUUCAAGGAGAUGGGCUGGGACGAUUGGAUCAUCGCCCCACUAGAGUAUGAGGCCUACCACUGCGACGGGGUAUGUGACUUCCCUAUUCGCUCGCACCUCGAGCCCACCAACCACGCCAUCAUCCAGACGCUCAUGAACUCCAUGGACCCCGACUCGACUCCGCCCACCUGCUGCGUGCCCACUCGCCUCAGCCCAAUCAGCAUCCUCUACAUUGACUCGGCCAAUAACGUGGUCUACAAACAGUAUGAGGACAUGGUGGUGGAGUCCUGUGGCUGCAGGUAG